CCCUUCCCUUCCGGGGCACUGCGCCCGGCCUGCGCGGCGCGGCCUGAGGGCAGCGGCCGUGGCGGGCUAGGCUGAGCUUGGCUGGGCCGGGCUGGGCUGAGCUGCUGCCAGCGGCAUGGCCCUCGCCGGCAGGGCGGCUCUGCGCUGGCGGGCUCGGCUGCCGAGCCCCUGGCACGCCGCCGCCCCGCUCUGCCGGCCGGCCUGGCUGCCCGCGGCCUGCGAGCGGCCCCUCAGCUCCCGCGGCAAGGACAAAGUAGAUAUGUCGGCGUAUCCUGUUGAAAGAAUUAGAAACUUCAGUAUUAUAGCUCAUGUAGAUCAUGGCAAAAGUACACUAGCAGACAGAUUGCUGGAAAUUACAGGAACAAUUUCUAAAACUGACCAUAAUAAACAAGUUCUGGAUAAACUGCAAGUAGAACGAGAAAGAGGAAUUACAGUUAAAGCUCAAUCUGCAUCUCUCUUUUACAAUCAUGAAGGCAUAAACUACCUCUUAAAUCUCAUUGACACACCUGGCCAUGUAGAUUUCAGCUAUGAAGUAUCACGGUCACUAUCUGCCUGUCAAGGUGUCAUACUUGUAGUGGAUGCAAAUGAGGGUAUUCAGGCUCAGACAGUGGCAAACUUCUAUCUCGCCUUUGAAGCACAGCUUUCAAUAAUUCCUGUCAUAAAUAAGAUUGACUUGAAAAAUGCAGACCCUGAAAGAGUUGAAAAACAAAUUGAGAAACUGUUUGAUAUCCCUACAGAUGAAUGUAUAAGGAUUUCUGCUAAACAAGGAACAAAUGUUGAAAAAGUUCUUCAAAAGGUCAUUGAGAAGGUCCCGCCACCCCAGUGUAAUACUGCUGAUCCAUUGAAAGCCUUAGUAUUUGACUCUACCUUUGACCACUAUCGAGGUGUCAUAGCUAACAUUGCGCUCUUUGGUGGGGAGAUUGCAAAAGGACAGAAAGUCAUGUCUGCACACACAAAGAAAAGAUAUGAAGUUCAUGAAGUCGGAAUUCUGACUCCAAAUGAACAGCCAACACAUAAGCUCUAUGCAGGACAGGUGGGGUACCUGAUUGCUGGAAUGAAAGAAGUAACGGAAGCCCAAAUAGGAGACACACUGUUUUUGUAUAAACAGCCAGUGGAGCCUUUGCCUGGCUUUAAGUCAGCGAAGCCAAUGGUUUUUGCAGGAAUGUAUCCUAUAGAUCAAGGAGAAUAUAAUAAUCUCAAAAGUGCUUUGGAAAGGCUGACAUUGAAUGACUCCAGUGUAACGGUUCAUCGUGACAGUAGCCUUGCCUUAGGAGCUGGAUGGAGAUUGGGUUUCCUUGGUCUUCUACAUAUGGAAGUCUUUAAUCAACGUUUGGAGCAAGAGUAUAACAUGUCUGUUAUUUUGACUGCACCUACAGUUCCAUAUAAAGCUGUUCUUUCCUCAGCGAAGUUGAUAAAGGCAUAUGGAAAAGACCAGAUUACUAUUAUCAACCCUGCUCAGUUUCCUGAUAAACUUUCUGUAUCAGAAUAUUUGGAGCCAACUGUUCUGGGUACUAUUGUAACACCUCAUGAAUAUAUUGGGAAAAUAAUUACCUUGUGUCAGGAUCGUAGGGCAGUCCAGAAGGAUAUGUUGUACAUAGAUGAAAACAGGGUUAUGCUAAAAUACCUCUUUCCACUGAAUGAAAUUGUGGUGGAUUUUUAUGAUGCUCUUAAGUCUCUGUCUUCUGGCUAUGCAAGUUUUGAUUAUGAAGAUGCAGGUUACCAAUCAGCAGAUCUAAUCAAAAUGGAUAUUCUUCUAAAUGGAAAUCCAGUUGAAGAACUGGCAACUAUCAUACACAGUGACAAAGCCCAUGCUGCUGGUAAACUCCUGUGUGAACGUUUAAAAGAGACUAUUCCUAGACAGUUGUUUGACAUAGCCAUCCAGGCUGCCAUUGGCAAGAAAAUCAUUGCAAGAGAAACGCUUAAAGCUUACAGAAAAAAUGUUGUGGCAAAAUGUUAUGGUGGAGACAUUACAAGAAGAAUGAAGCUUUUAAGGAGGCAAGCAGAAGGCAAGAGGUUGAUGAGAAAAAUUGGAAAUGUUGAGGUUCCAAGAGAUGCCUUUAUACGUGUUCUAAAGAGAGAAACUGACAAAUAGAGAUCAGUGACAUCUGAUCUUCCAGAUCAUGUCAACUUUUUGUAGACAGUAUCAAAGUGAGCUAAUAUGUGAUUUAUCACUGUGAGAGGGAACAUACUUGACUUUAAAUGGUAUGAAUUCAGCAUGUGUGGGAGCAUGAAUUGAAAGGAAUUAAAAAUGUACAUAUAUUUGUAGAUUAUUAUGAAAUUAAAGUUACUAAACUGCAUUAAAAGUU